UGAGCAUCUAAGAGCUAACUGACAUUAUUCUCAUUUUUUAAGUGUUGUUGUUUCAUUUCUACAGAGGAUAUUUUUUCUCAGCUAUCUUAAAAAUUAACGUUAGAAAUAUGAGUUUAUGGAGCUUAUGGUUUCUGAUAACCAGUACUGUUAUUUUUAUUGGUUUUAUUGAAUCUGAAUCACCUGAACUCCCACAAGAGAGACAAGUAGUGGCAUUUUUUGAUAGAUCUUCGUCUUUUGGAAAAAUAAACAGAAAAGGAGUUUUCAAUUUUCCUUUUGUAUGUAUUCAAACUCCGCAAAAAACUGUUGAAAAAAUUCGUUUCGAAUUGAAAACUUCGGAAGAAAAUCUUUUUGUGAAAACAAUUAAGUGCGCUGAAUCGACAGAAAGCAAGAGACAUAAACUAAGAGUCAAGUUACCGGCCGGUUACAUUUUCAACUAUGAUUACUACCAGGAAUGGAUGAUUUUCGAGGACUCAAUUAGCGCUGUGCUUUCAGUAACCUUCAAAAAUCAACUGGCAUUGGUGAAGCAGGAUUCUAUCAAGAUACUUCUCAAACCAGUCUACCAGCGUCCCUUCAGACCUCCAGAUGAGUGCCUCACCUUCUUCGGGAGACUCUUGUUGUCCGAGGAUCGAGCCACGAUUCCAGCCUGUCCUCUAGACAAUGACGUCAUUGAGAUGAUUGGGAACAGACCUGUGGUGUUCACGGCGAAGCAUUUCGGCGUAGUCAAGAAACUGCCGGUUGUUGGGAACCCCAAAUUGGUUGCAGAUUUCGCAGAGAGGAACAAUAUGUUGUCUGAGUUGUCUGUCAGCUUCGACAUCUAUCUCCUUGGCUACCCUGGGAGAGGUCUCCUGCAGAGCAUCUUCCACCAGAUGACUAUUGGAGGAUUCAUUCGAUCUUCAGCGCCUCUUGUGUUUCUUGAGCCAAACGGCGAUGUGAGAGUUGAAAUUUUACAAGCGAGGGGCCAAACCCAGUCCUUCAUUGCCCACACUAACUUACGACUGAGCUCGUGGUAUCACCUCACACUCACUAUAGACGCGAGAGCAGUGGGGACACUCUAUGUGUGCAAGUACGAUCAACCAGAAAGCUCACCGCUGAAAAAAUGUCUCGAAUACGUCUUCCAAUUCAAACAAGCAAUGCAAUACAACCCAUACGUGAACAGCUUUGUGGUCGGAGGAAGUAUGAAACAUCAAUCAGUUUCGGGCUUUAUUUGCAAUUUCAACGUGCACCUAAACCGAAUUGUCACAGUGCCGAAGCGAAGAACAAAGCAAUCCGAAAUUAUGACUCAGCUGGUUGAUUUAGAAAUAGCAAAAUUCGAUACGCAGUGUCUCACAUUUCUCGACAAAGUUGAAGCUUUGAUCAAAUAUUUCCAAAUUAGGGCUGAAAAUCGGAAGUCUAAAAUGCAAUGUGACGCAUUGCCUUGGGCAUCUAAAAUUUCUGUCGACAAGAGAGUUAGUCCGAUAUCUGUUAAAUGGUCUAGUAAACACAAAUUUAUCAGAAGUCUCUUGAAAAAGGACUUAAUGAAUGGCCUGAAGGUUUCUUUUGAUAACCAAACGUACUUACAGCAACUAGGGCGAUCAUUGUACCUAAAAGCAAGAAUGUCUCUCGGAAUUGGCUUACAUGAGUUCAAAUACAAGCUCGUUCCUUAUGUGCUUCAAUCGUCGUGUCUUGGCAAUAGUAUUGCUUCAUAUAUGGCUUCCGUUAUGUACUAUUCGGGCUUUGGCGUUCCUUUAGACGACGAAAAGGGCUCGUCGUACUUGCUUCGAAGUGCUCUGCUAGACGAUCGUCUCGGCUUAUUGUCACUGGGGUUCAAGUACUACUAUGGACUGAAUGGGUUCCCCGUGGACUAUAGUAUAUCGUGGCGAUAUUACAUGGAUGCCGCUUGGAUGUUCCGAGACGACCGUGAACAGCACAAGGAGAAUGACGUCAUGACUGAAGUUGUCCGGUUGACUGACAAGAAGGCCCUGGAAAUGUACUUGGGAAAAGAGAGUGACUACUUCCAGUGGCUGAAGAUGCAAGCUGGCCAGGGCAUAGAGAGUGCCAGGCAGGAGAUGGGUCGGAUGUUGUUCUGGGGGUCCAAGGGGGUGGACAGGGACACUGGGGCAGCUGUGAACUACUACAGACAACUAGCAGACACGGGCGACACCACCGGACAAUUCGAUCUAGGAAUAGUGUUGUUGCGCGGACAGGGUGGGGUGGAUAAAGAUGAGCAGAAAGGGCUGUCCUAUCUGAAGAGGGCGGCCGACCAGGGUCACCAGGGAGCAGUGUCUGCACUUGGGUGGCACUACCUCCUCAAAAGAGAGUACGACUUCGCUUUCAAGUACUUGGACAUGGCUGCCAGGCAAGGCAAUCGGGAUGCUAUGCAUAAUUUAGGCUACAUGUACGAAAAUGGACUUGUGAAAGGUGUUCCACGGAACAACUCCGCCUCUUAUCUCUACUUCAUUGAUGCCGCCAACCGAGGUCAACCUGACUCCGCUCUCUCCGUCUCAGUGGGUCAAAUUUACGGGGAUGGAAUCAUGAUUCAGAACCCCGUAUCGGCUGCGGGGUGGGCCCGAAACCAGGCAGAGAAAUCGUCGGCUGUCGGCAGGCUGCUGCAACAGGGGUUGAAGGCGUACCUUAAGGACCACUAUUCGGAAGCACUCAUGUUCUAUAUGAUGGCAGCAGAAACAGGGGUGGAGGUGGCUUCUUUCAACAUGGCCCACCUGUGUGAGAACGAAGAGGACGCCUCCGAAAUAGCCAACAGGCAUCUGACCCAUUAAACUUUAAG